CACUGACGAGACACAACAUGCCGGAGAUCCCGCGAGAAAAAUUAAAAAUGGCGGAUGACGAUGUAAAUGGAGAUUGCGAUGAUGUGCAGCAAGAGAAAUCGCAGAAAAAAGCAGCCAAAUAUGACAGCGGCGCGGCAGAUUUGGAGAAGGUGACAGAUUAUGCCGAGGAGAAGGAAAUUUCCUCUUCCGAUGGAUUUUCAUGCGCGAUGAGCAUAAUUGGUGACCGUCGGAAUAAAGAAGCCGCAGAGAAAAAGGCAAAAGAAAAGGAACUGCUCAAAGUGUCCAUCAAGAAGGAAGAUGUAGAUUUGAUCAUGAAAGAGUUGGAGAUUAGUCGAAACUUGGCGGAACAGACUCUCAGGGAACACAGAGGCGAUAUCGUAGAAGCAUUAAUUACAUUAACUAAUUGAUAUUGUACAGGACUGUAAGUGAUUUCUUACAAGUGCACAACUCCACAAAUUCCAUUGUAAAUUACACAUUUUUCGGGAGUUGUUAAGAUACACUUUGGGUUAUUAAUAAUAUUUAUUAAUAAGUAUUACAGUAUAUAUAAAUAAUA